AUUACUGCAAUGUUUCAUUGUCAGUUUUGGAACCUGAACCUCUCUUCGCCCCCAACAAAGCACAAUUCCAAAAAAGCGGAGUGCCAAACUGAGUUCCUGUUAAAAAAAAAAGGAACACUACAAAAUACAGAGAUUAAAAAACCAAAAACCCAGAAAAAGAUCAUGGUUAGCCACAUACAGAAGGGUUCUUAGACUUACUGUGUUUUCUCCAUCUGCUUCCACCAUGGCCUGCAAGACCCAAAUCACCUCAAUCUUCUUCUCCAUCAAAUUCCACUUCUUCCUUCUAUCGAUCAUCAAUUCAGCAUCUUCCCAACAAAUCUUGAACACUGAAUCAACAACAAACCGGACAACGACAGAAGACUGCAACAACCGUUGGAUCCACAUCAGGAACCUCCCCUCUAGAUUCAAUCUUGAUCUACUUACUAACUGUUCUGAAUACCCACUUUUUGAUGACUUUUGUCCUUACUUAGCAAACCACGGCUUGGGACCAAAAACCCAUGCCAAAUCUCGUAGUUGGUACCGUACUGACCCUUUGUUACUGGAACUCGUUUUCCAUAGAAGAAUCCUGGAGUACCCUUGUCUUACAGAUGACCCUAAUGUUGCAAAUGCCAUCUUUCUUCCUUAUUAUGCUGCCAUUGAUUCGUUAAGGUAUUUGUAUGGGCCUGAUGUGAAUUCCAGCUUCCAACAUGGGAUGGAAUUGUUUGAUUUUUUGCAAUCUGAUGAACCUGGAAUAUGGAAGCGGCAUAUGGGCCAUGAUCAUUUUUUAGUUAUGGCAAGACCUGCUUGGGAUUUCUCUCAGCCGUUGAAUAAUGAUCCUCCUAUAUGGGGUACUUCAUUUCUUGAAUUGCCUGAGUUUUACAACGCCACUGCUUUGGUUCCUGAGGGAAGAGCUUGGCCUUGGCAGGAACAUGCUGUGCCUUAUCCUACGUCGUUUCAUCCUCAGAAUUUGGCAUUCUUUGAGGCUUGGAUUCAACGGGUGAAGAGGUCCAAGAGGACUACUUUAAUGUUGUUUGCUGGUGGCGGUGGAAUUGGUGCCACCCCAAAUAUCAGGAGGAGCAUAAGGAAUGAAUGUGAGAAUAGCAGCAUCAACAACAACAGCAGCAGAUUUAACGUUCUUGAAAAUAAUGUGAUGUACUCAAAGAUAUGUGAUAUAGUGGAUUGCUCGAACGGGAUAUGUGAGCAUGAUCCUAUAAGGUACAUGAAGCCUAUGCUACAAGCAACCUUUUGUUUGCAGCCUCCAGGGGAUACUCCAACUAGAAGGUCAACUUUUGAUGCAAUCCUUGCAGGUUGUAUACCAGUUUUCUUUGAAGAAUUGUCAGCAAAAAUGCAGUACGUGUGGCAUUUGCCGGAGGAGAAAUAUGCAGAGUUCUCGGUGUUUAUACCAAAGGAGGAGGUGGUUUUUAAAGGGUUAAGGAUUUUGGAUGUGUUAAUGGGGAUACCAAGGAGUGAGGUGAGGAGGAUGAGGGAAAGUGUUCGUGAUUUGAUCCCUAGAGUUAUGUAUAGAAGGCAUGGUAGUUCACUGGGAUUGAGGACCAAGAAGGAUGCAUUUGAUACUGCGAUGGAUGGAACUCUACAAAGGAUGAGAGAGAGGCUUGCCAACAUAUUAGCUCGCUGACCUAAGUUCAAUUUGGUUUCUUAUCUGUAUUUACUACUGGUAUUUUACUUAUAUACUACAUUUUUUUGCCCUUUUCAGCUUCCUACUUCACUGCAAAGGUGCAGAGAGAAUGUGAUGAUUUCUAUAUUAUUUAUCAGUAUAAAAUAUUCAGUUUUUGCAAGCA